ACAUGAAACUAUGGAGAAGUAAUUAUAGCCUCCAUUUUGAGUACAUAAACAAAGUGAGAAUUUGACCCCUUUACCAGAUUGGAUCAUUAACCAAUGAUGUCUUGGCCUAGUGAUUAAAAUUGAGGUGCUGUGAACGAUAGGUCACACGUUCGAAUCCUCCCCUUCUUUGUACGGUAUCAUUUGUUUGAUUUCCAAAACUGCCCCUUCUAGCUAGAAAUACUUCUAACCGCCUCUUGAUUUGAGGUAAGCCUUGACGAAUAUCUGGGAAUGGAUCAUUUGAUUUAACCAUGGUAGGGUUUUAUUCCAAACCUACCCAAAUCGUGUGUCGUCCCACAAUUUGUGUAUCACUAGUAUACCAUAUGUUGCCAUUGAAAAUUGUCCAAACCUGGAGUGUGUUUGGGAAAUCUUCUGUUGAUACUUUCAUUAUUCAAGAUAAGGUCUCUGAGACAGCCAUGAAAUGGAGCAAAGUAUCUAAAACCGGAGGUUUGGAGGUAAAAUUUAUGGGGGUGGAUCUUAGCACGGUCAUGUUCACCAUGGAAGCAGGCCAAGAUAUGGAUGAGCUUAAGGACUUCAUAUUGGAUCAGCCGGAUGCAUAUGAAGUCAAGAUCGGGGACAACGUUUAUCGCAGAUCUGGAGAUCCCCCAAUUGAGGAGGUUAUUGAGAUGCUGCAAAAGGAGAAGGAUGAUAAAAGUCCUGCUCCCCGGGAGCAUGAGAAGGAUGAACUAUAGCAGCAAAGCCAUAAUACCCACAAUGAUCCGAUGAUCUUCUUGGCUUAACUCCGAACGAAUAUUUACUAGCACCUAUCAAGAAAAACCUAAACCUAGCUUGUAAUUCUACUCCUAAUUACUGUGUUUUAACUUUCAGAUUGAGUAGUGCAAUGCAUAUAAAUGACUUUAUGUUUAUCA